GCAUCCACUUUGUGCACUUCAACUGCGACGUAGUACAUGCUCACCUUAGCCCCACCCUGGAGUUGCGAGUUGCUCACCAGGGGCUUUAGUCUAGCAUAGCCUGAACUCGCUCAGCACCGCCAACACAGGCCGCACCACUUUCUAUACACAGUCAUGGAUUCGCUCACACCCUCGGACCUCUUCUCACCCUCGAAGGCGCGCCAGCAACGCGCGCAAGCCCAGGACUGGGCGCAGAUUGACUCGUGGCUGUCGUACAAGUAUGCUGGGCGUACGGUGCCGGCGUUUGAGCGCAAUGACGAAACACUCAAGGUGCUGCGUGAGCUAUCAGUAGCCAACGAAAGGGCUGAUGAAGAGAGAGCCGUGUUCGAACGAGUAGAGAGAGAGGCACUCCGCGAGCUGGACGAGUCGAUCGCACACGUUCUUAUCUACAACACGACCACCUCACAGAAUCUCACCAACCAGCUCGCACACAUCGCGACGCUGCAAGGCUACGUCGAUAAGCAACAAUCCCUGCUUCGGACGCAACUGCACGAGCUCCAGACGAAUCCUGCCUUCACAACCCCCGCGAACCUCCAACGCCAGACCACCGAGCAAACGCGUCAAGUCAAGCACCUUCGCACCAAGAUACGAGAAUACGAGGACAAGCUGUCGUCCCUCCAGUCAUCACAGUCGCGCAGCAUGACACCGGGUUCCAAGAGCAUUGCGUCUGCAGAAGCUAUAAAUGACAUGUUGGAGCAACAAAAAGCCCUGGAUGGGCUUCGAGAGAAGGUAGAAGGCAUAGAGAGGGAGGUCGCAGAGUUUGCUGGAUUGCCUGCCGAUAAAGAGGCUGCAAGGAAAGAAGUUGGCAAGUUAGAAGUCAAACUUGACGAGGUGCGAAGGCGAAGAGACGAGUUAUUUGAGGGAUUGGUGACACAGUAAUGGUACAAAUGGAUUCAUCAUAGGGUGGCUCACAGUCCCCGCAUGUGCAGG